CGUCAUCCCACGCCCGCGACACAAAACUGCUGAUAACAACCGUGUCUUCCACCAUCACCAUCAGAGACUAGAGACGAACGACCUACAUUAUCGAGGCAUAUCUCUACCACUGGCAACUUUGAUCUUUGCCAUGCUUUGAAAAAGAAUGCGAGCUGUGCUUCCUGGAAAGCCCCAGGCUUCACUUUUUGGAGUCUGCACAUCCUACUGGGACGGCAGAAGACUUAUCGCUUACAUCUCGGGCAAUGCAUUUGUUGUUCUCAAGGCACACAAUGAGAUUCUACAGACCAUCUAUGACGAUUCUGACGAACAACUCGAAGCAAUAGCAAUUGACGAGGCAUCUGGAAAGAUAGCAACAUGUGCUGGGUCUAGCAUUCGAAUUUACAAGCCAUAUGGCCAAGGGGAGGAUGCCCUGCAGUGGUCCCUUCAGCACACUUUUACCGUCGAUGCGGCAGCAGGGGCGAAUUCUACGACGACAUUGUCAUGGGGCUUGGCAGAGGAGCUGCUCGUAGGCAAUACGUGGCUGUCUCUACACUCUACAGUGGACACACCAACAACUCUAUGGAAGAAAGAGCUGGCAAAUGCAGUGAAAUUUGCCAAUUUCUCUUACGAUUCUGCGUACAUUGCCUCGAACGGCAGGUACGAUCGUCUAGUCAAAAUAUGGAGAAGACUGUCUUUUGGCUCAGAGGACACACGCUUCGAUUUCAGCUAUCUGCCACACCCGACAACUGUCACAAACAUGCACUGGAGACGCCCAUAUAAUGUUGACCAGACAUUGGACAAUGUGCUCUAUACAAUUUGUGCUGAUAAUGUAUUGAGGAUAUGGGCUGCAACGAAUCCACAUGGAUUACAACUUCUACAACUAUGGGCUAAAAUCGACCUGAAGGAGUCUAUCCAACCACGGGAUCUCCCCAUUUCAAAUCCGUCUAGUCUACGCUUCGCCUUCAUUAUCGAUGGUCGGGACUUCAUGUUGGCUACCGAAGAUUCCGUUCAAGCUAGGGGUUCAGAGGAUGACAAGAACGAUCAUGCUCUUUCGCAUCUGAUAGAGGUUGCCAACCGAAGCCCUGAAAUAUGUGUCGUCUUGGAUGAAUGUGGCCACAUGUCUGCGUGGGGACUAGAAAACGUAGGGUGCAAGUCGAGGCAGACGACGAACAUCUUCAACGUCGCACACGUGGAUGGUCUAGUGCUUGAGCUGCCAAAAACGCUCGAAGAUGCAUCGAACUACGUUCAAUUCUACAACUAUUGUGAUAAAUCUAGUGGCGGUCUUAAGCUCCUGGUUCAUCAUUUUGAUGGCAAGAUUGAGUUUCUAGAAAGCGAUGUGAUGACUCUAUUUGAUUCCUCUCCGAGGCAUGAUCGAUUUCGUUCUCUAGCUAUCUGGACAGGCCACUCCGCUAGCAUUAAGAAAAUCGUCCGCAAUGUGAGUGGAAGAGCGGUUGUGUCGCGGACAGAUGGAAAUGAAAGCAUAGUCUGGAAACAUCUGGAUGUAGAAGAUGGAACAUCUGUGAUCCGUCAAAGUCUGAUUCCAGAAAAAGACCACAUCCACAGAAUCUGUGUGAUGAGGAAGGGAAAUUUUGUUAUCUUUUUGCAUCACCACAGGAUCUCACUAUGGGACACUCGAUCCUUUUCUGGGAAAGUACUUGCCAGUUGUGAUUAUGCGGUGGCUGGCAAGGCUCUGUGUAUUCUGAUGCUUCCCGAAGUUCAAAAGGGAGGUCCAGUAGCCCACGUGGCUACAAUCACCUCGAAAAUGAAGGGCAUUGUCUGGGAGAUUGGUCUGCCGCGGAGGCGUGAAAGCGUCAUCGACACAAAUGGCUACCAAGGACCAACGAUUCGAGAAUUCUGCCGAUUUGACCUAGGCCAUGCCGAUGAUUUGUCCUACGUACUUCCUGUGGACCCGGCCGGAUCACCUCCUGUCAUUUCAGGGUUCUUGGAUACCUUUGCGAGAGACAUCGCCAUAUCAUACACGCAUUCUGGUUUGCUACGAUCCUGGACAGCUAGAAUCGACUUAGAUGCUGUGAAAGUAGAGUGGUUGGAAACCUGCUCUGUCGAAACGGGUAUCUCUGAGCCAGCGCUUGCGAGUGGCAGCUCCAUCAGAAAAGCUGCCCUGGUGAACUCAAACAGAUCCGAACUGACGAUUUGGGAUGUUCGAGGAGCUCAACUUGAAUAUACUCAAAACUAUGAGUCGCAAGACACUAUCCAAGACCUUGAUUGGACAUCAACUCCGGAUGAUCAGUCGAUACUCGCGGUUGGAUUUCGAUUUCGAGUCUUGCUUCUCGCUCAGAUGCGUUACGAUUACCUAAAUAAAGGACCAGCUUGGGCCUCAAUUCGGGAAUUUAAUAUCCGCGAUUUGACUCCUCAUCCGAUUGGAGACUCGACAUGGCUUGGCGGUGGAAAUCUCAUUAUUGGUGCUGGCAAUCAGUUGUUCGUGUUCGACAAAGAAGUAGACCAUUCAGCGCCAGUGGUAGCUGAUCUUGGACUUCCUCACCGGAAAACACCAUGGGAUUUAUUCGAGGUCGUCAGCAGACUGAAUGGUCCUCUUCCUGUCUAUCAUCCGCAAUUCUUAGGCCAAUGCACGCUGGCUGGGAAGACCCUUGCGGUUCAGCAUGUGCUUCUUGCGUUACAUAAGAUCCUGAAAUAUUAUGUGGAGGGGGAUACAAUAGACAACCAUCUCGGAUUAGAGUUAGAGGAGUUCUAUAUUCCGAAUGAGUCAACCUCUUUAGCAGCUGCAAGCAGAGCUAACAGAUCCUUCGGAGCUCUUGAGGAUGAUGAUGAAGACGACGAAGCCGUCACCGAGAGUGUUGCAGCUGCCAUCAACGAGAAAUUGACUAAAAUCGCUCUGCCACAACUUUCGAGACAGGAACAGAUUCACCUAGCUGAUAUUGUUGAGUGCAUUGCGAUUGUAGAGAAGCAGCGACGCUCUAUGGACGAUAACGCCGCGAGGUAUAUGCUAUUCUUUCGCCAGCAUCUUCUCCAUCGUGGCCGCUCAAACGAGGUACUUCUGUCCUGGAGGGAGAUCAAUUGGGCCUACCAUAGCAACAGCCAAGACAUCCUAGUCGAUAUGGUUUCUCAUCAAUUCCACGGAAAAUUGCUUUGGGAAAAUGCCAGAGAAAGUGGCAUGUUCAUGUGGAUGACAGACCUGAAUGCAUUAAAAGCUCAGUUCGAAGUGAUUGCUCGAAACGAAUAUACCAAGAGCGAUAUGAAGAAUCCCAUCGAUUGCAGCUUGUUCUACCUCGCGCUCAAGAAGAAGACUGUUCUUCAAGGAUUGUGGCGUAUGGCAGGUUGGAACCGGGAACAAUCGGCUACCUUGAAACUUCUCGCGAACAACUUCCAGGACAAGAAAUGGAAGACUGCAGCAAUGAAGAAUGCUUAUGCUCUGCUUGGGAAACAUCGGCAUGAAUACGCUGCCGCAUUCUUUCUCCUAGCGGACUGCUUGAAGGACGCUGUGAACGUUAUUCUAAAUCAGCUCAAGGAUCUUCAACUUGCCAUUGCUGUCACAAGAGUUUAUGAAGGCGAAAGGGGACCCGUUUUGAAGGAACUCCUUGAAGAAAAAGUCCUGCCUCUAGCGGCACAGGAGGGCAACCGAUGGCUUGCAUCAUGGGCAUUCUGGAUGUUGCACCGAAGGGAUAUGGCAGUCCGAGCCCUCAUUUCCCCUGUCUACACGCUGCUUGAGACACCGCAGUCACCAGACAUGCAAGCAAGAUUAUUUUUGACUGAUGACCCUGCUCUCGUUGUACUCUAUUCCCAGCUCAGGCAGAUGACGCUCCAAACACUCCGUGGAGCAUCGAAGGUCACGCCGAGAGUUGAGUGGGCAUUUGUCCUUCACAAUGCUCGUCUCUAUGAUCGGAUGGGUUGUGAUCUCCUCGCUUUAGACUUAGUACGGAACUGGGAAUUCUUGCUCCCAGCACCUCCCACAUUCAGGAAUCUCGAUGCUCCGGAUCCCCGGGCCAUGAUGCGGAGACGUUCGUCUCUAGUAGUAGCUGAUCUUCCUAUGCCAAAAUUGCCCUUGGACAUGAAAUCAGGACACAAGCCACCUCCCAGCGUUUUCGAGGAACCAGAGACUAAUUCUUUGUUGGAUAACUUUGGUUUUUAAGCAGGUUAGUCUUGUCUUUGUGAAUAUUUGCAUAGCACGGCGUUCUAGGAACUGAGAAAUACCCCUUGGUCUAGCAUCGGUCUGGGGCCAGAGACUUGCAUUUAAGAAUAGUUCUCAGUGUAACUUCAAUGACGAUGAGUUUAUUUGAUCCAAGACAUAAAUACAGACAAUGAAAGAAAC